UGAAGCGGAUCUGAAGAUAUUAAUUAAUUUCCAUUUUUUUCCUAAAACCUCAACCCCAUUUUUUGUCAGAAAACAUUUUUCGACCACAGUUUAUAAAGCAGACUAACAUUAAUUUUUCAUGUAGAUUCACACCCUUAAAUAUUCGCAUAUCAUUAAGGAACACCCUGUAUAACAAAUAAUGACGUCAGUUUGGUUGACACUGCACUUCGCACACAACGCUUCAGUGACCCUUCAACGUUUUGUUCGCAUAUUUUCAAUAAGUUAUAUAUUUGCAUCUUCCCUGUUAGACCGGUUUUAA